AUUCUCUCUAUGUAUGUAUAAAAACUCUAUGUUCUUUUUAAGCCACAAUCCUCUUCUCUCUUAGCUUGUCUCACUCUUUUACUUAACCAAUAACCUCCAAAAAUAAGCGAAGACGAAACUGGUUUAGCAAGAUAAAACUGGAGAUUACGGAGACAUACUGGAACCGGAACUCGAACCUUAAAAGAGGAAGGAAGCAUUUUUGUGCUUUUAGCUUAUGGUGUCGGUGAAUCCCAACCCAGCUCAGGGUUUUUACUUCUUUGAUCCCAUGAGUAUGGGACUUCCGGGUCUCAAUUCUCUGCCGCCGCAGAUGAAUUCUACUGCCAGUACCACGGCUACUAAUAAUACAACUGCGGCGGGUAACACUGCCACGUCCACUACAAGUGCGGCUGCUAAUACUGUGGCUUUUGCUGAUGAUCCGAAUAAGAAGAUCCGAAAGCCGUAUACUAUUACCAAGUCCAGAGAGAGCUGGACGGAACAGGAGCAUGAUAAGUUUCUAGAAGCGCUUCAACUAUUUGAUCGUGAUUGGAAGAAGAUUGAAGCAUUUGUUGGAUCAAAGACAGUUAUCCAGAUACGUAGCCAUGCACAGAAAUACUUUUUGAAGGUUCAGAAGAAUGGAACAAGUGAACAUGUACCUCCACCUCGGCCAAAGAGAAAAGCAGCUCAUCCAUACCCGCAGAAGGCACCUAAAAAUGUGGCUCCAGUUGUAACCCAAGUGACUGGCCCAUUUCAACCUUCACCUGCUUCAUUAGAGCCCAGAUAUGUUUACGGGUCAGAUCCUCCAUCAGUUCUUGGAAACCCAAUGACUGGUGGACCUCUGACAUCCUGGAAUUUUAAUUCCAUGGCACCAGUCAAUGCUUCUGGAGCGACUAAAGAUGAAGUGGGAUUGGCUGCACCAGCAAAUAAUUGUUGCUACAGUAGUAGCAAUGAGAGCACCCCAAGGACUGGGCGAACUAGUGAAAUAAUUGAUCGAGGUGAUCAGGGCAAGGCAGUACGAGUUAUGCCAGACUUUGCUCAAGUGUACAGCUUCAUUGGGAGUGUCUUUGACCCCAAUGCGAGUGGUCACUUGCAGAAGAUGAAGCAGAUGGACCCAAUAAAUUUGGAAACAGUAUUACUGUUGAUGAGAAACCUCUCCAUUAAUUUGACAAGUCCUGAGUUUGAGGAUCAUAGAAGGUUGCUUGCAUCAUAUGACAUCGACACCGAGAAGGCAAAAUCUGUUGGCCCUUUCGUUGACAUGGAUACUGAUAGAACUCCAAAAGAAGUGAGAGGUUGAGAACUUUUUGAUUAGCAGUAAAUGAGCAUGAUGAUAUAUCUUGGGAAUUUCCCCGUCUUCCCACAGAUGAUGGAUCACUGCUUGCUAAGAAUAGUAAAUUCUAGUGGAGGAAAAUUAUCCGCUAUGCCACGAUCCAAACAAUUGGAUAGUGUCAAAGAAGCUUGUAUAUAUAUAUGUGUGUGUGUGUGUGUGUGUGUGUAUGUAUGUAUGUAAUAUAGGCAAUUUGCUCUUCCUGGUUCUGUAUGCUGGUAGUAUUUUACUUACACUCCUUGCAAUGUAGAUAUAGUAUCUUCACUGUUGGACCCAGAGGCUACCAUGUAUAGAGUUUUGAGUGAGUUUUUGGCUGUAUAUUUGUCAUAAGAUGUGCUUUUUGAGGUCUUGUAGGCGAGAUGAAUCUUUUCGGUAUCUGUAUUUAUCAAUAAAUAAUGGAUAUGAAAAUGAAAGGUUAGCUGCUUUCCACAUGAAA